AGGUUUCCGGUUCGGCUCAGUUGCUGGUAGUUCCUCCAGUCUAGGUCGGUGAGGAGUGGAGACAGCCAGGGACCGAGCUGAAAUGUCGGACAGCGGGAGUCAGGAAGCCCCGAAGACACGGAUACCCAGGCCGACGGUUGGCAACAAAGUGACCGUGGUACUCGGCGCUCAGUGGGGCGAUGAGGGGAAGGGGAAAGUUGUGGAUCUGCUGGCACAGGACGCGGACAUGGUGUGCAGAUGCCAGGGCGGCAACAACGCAGGACACACAGUGGUUGUCGACUCAGUCGAGUACGACUUUCACCUCCUACCCAGCGGCAUCAUCAACCCCAAGGUCACCGCUUUCAUUGGCAAUGGUGUGGUGAUCCAUCUUCCAGGCCUGUUCGAAGAAGCAGAAAAAAAUGAACGCAAAGGAAAAAGUCUAAAAGACUGGGAGAAACGGUUGAUCAUCUCGGACAGAGCGCACAUUGUGUUUGACUUCCACCAAGCGGUUGAUGGCGUUCAGGAACAGCAGAGACAAGAGCAAGCAGGCCAGAACCUCGGGACGACAAAGAAGGGGAUUGGUCCGGUGUACUCGGCUAAGGCGGCACGCUCCGGGCUCAGGAUAUGUGACUUGCUGGCAGACUUCACACAGUUCUCUGAAAGGUAUAAAGCUUUGGCCAAGCAGUACCAGUCUAUGUACCCCACUCUAAAGAUCGACAUAGACGGAGAGCUGCUCAAGUUAAAGGACUACGUUGAGCAGAUCAAGCCCAUGGUAAGAGAUGGUGUGCACUACAUGUACGAGGCACUUCAUGGUCCUCCUAAGAAAAUCCUGGUGGAAGGAGCCAAUGCAGCGCUGCUGGACAUCGACUUUGGAACGUACCCGUUUGUGACGUCGUCCAACUGCACGGUGGGCGGAGUGUGCACGGGCCUCGGGAUGCCGCCUCAGAACGUCGGCGAGGUUUAUGGGGUCGUCAAGGCGUACACCACAAGAGUGGGCAUCGGUGCUUUCCCCUCAGAGCAGAAGAAUGAGAUCGGAGAGCUGCUGCAGACUCGAGGGAAGGAGGUCGGCGUGACCACAGGCAGAAAACGACGGUGCGGUUGGCUGGAUCUGGUGCUCAUCAAAUAUGCACAUAUGAUUAAUGGCUUCACUGCUUUAGCUCUCACCAAACUCGACAUACUUGACGUUUUCACCGAGAUCAAAGUCGGCAUAGGGUACAAAGUCGACAACCAAACUAUACCUCACUUUCCAGCCAAUCAGGAGGUGCUGCAGCGUGUGGAGGUUCAGUACGAGACCCUGCCCGGCUGGGACAGCGACACUUCGGCCGCUAGAAGCUUCGAGGAGCUGCCCGAGAACGCACAGAAAUAUGUUCGCUUCAUUGAGGAGCAUGUGGGAGUGCCUGUCAAGUGGAUCGGAGUGGGGAAGUCCCGGGAGUCCAUGAUCCAGCUCUUCUAGACAAAUGGAAAGAAACACAGCCUACCUACCUGUUUUAAACCUCCAAACAGAGACGCCACCGUCAUCAGACUGUGCCGGACUGGACUUCUCCAGUCUGUUUGGAUUUUUAACAGUUUUAAACUUUAUUAAAACAGCAUCACAAGGCGCUCUGCUAACAUUGCAGCGUUUUGUUUCAUAUACUACACACUGGGCAACACCAGCUGCCAUCAGGUGAGGGCGUGAAGCAACGGCCACGAGACACACGCAGGCACUGGAUCGCUCGUUUGGUUGAACACAUUGUUUGACUGUAUUUUGGUUGAUCUAUGCUGUGAUUUUAACGCGCUGUGUUUUCCCCCUCAGCACUUUAGAUGCUUUGGACUGUAUGUGCUUUAUGUUUUAUUCUUCCAGGUGUACGGCACAUCCUCACACGAUAAAGGGAUCGGUUUAUAUUUUAAAUGUGUCUUUCUGUGUUCUCAGUGUUAAAACUUGCCUUGUCAUUCAACCAAAAAAACAAAACAAAAACAAAAAACAAAAAAAAUUAGCUUUUAAAUUUUUUCCGUAGCUAGCGGUUGCUUCCACUGAACGCUGUGGAAACGCUCGAGUUUUAAGGAAUAAUCUCAGCAGGUGAGCUCUCCUCUAACCACUAACAGGCACAGAAAUUUUAAUGUAACCUAGAUUUUCUAAGUAAACAAAUCAAUUCAGUCUGUCAGCACUUUUCCACACCUCACAUUCUUGUGAUUAAUGUUGUUUUGUCUUUGCACUGUCAGCACAUUGUUCUGGUAACAUGGGAUGAAGGCAAUGAUUCGAUGUAUGCUGUCUUUUUUUUUUUUUGUCCAGUUUUGUGCAAGACUGUAAUUACAUUUUGGCUUCAGGUACAAAAGUACCUGAAGUUCCACAGUCUUGAUUUAGAGUAUUGCAUUGAAUGCCCACCUUAGUGGAUGACGACAUUGUUUGCAUUUACAGUUCUGUGCAAUGAAGACAUUUUGUGUGUUGGAUCAAAAGGUUAUCAUGAGAAGAGACACGAAAAAGUUUCAGCUUUUAUUCAGUAUAAAUUAAAUAAACUUUAGAUUUCCUGUUUCUUCACUGGUCAUGCCUUUACAGGAUUUUACUGCAGCAUGUGGUAGUUGUCAGAUUUGUUGGGGUUUCUCCCUUAUGUCUUCUCUUCAGGUUUUUAAAUGCAUGGUCAUUAUGUAUCCUGCUGAAGUCCUUUGUUGAGGUGGUGGUGUGCUUUGGAUUAUUAUCUUGUCACACAAUAAAGAUCCUCCUGAUUA